AGAUGUCAGCUGCACACGGCGCUGCGUUGUUGCACUCCUUGUGACUCGCCCGUCGUUGCACUUCCAUAGAAGCAAGGAAGAAAGAAAAAUAAGAAUACAAAAAGUUACAUCAAGAACCACCUCAUCUGCUCUCACGGGGUGUCGCAUAGAAGUAUCGCAUAAACGCAAGAGUCGGUUGUCUUUUCCUCUUCACUGACCUCGCUACAACAGGGAGAGGGACCAUGGACGGCGGUGACGACGUCGCGAGCCACUUUGUGGACCUCACACCGGUGCGACCGCAGCGCAGACGCGAGGCGUCACCCAGUCAGCCUCCACACACCGCCGAUGCCGUUUCCAAUGGCAGUCGCCCAAACCUCAGCAUGAACGGCGGCGACGCUACCGUGGCUUCGUCCUCCUCCUUUCCUUCCGGGCCCUUUCUGUCAACAGCAACUGCCGCAACCGCAACGGCGCAGCACCAGCAGCAGCAGCGCUCCGAGGAAUACUCCUACAUCUGGGGAACGGGCAUCGCAGUGGAGGUCUUCCGCGAUGAGUUCCAGCGCUACCUCGAAAACUUCUCCUUGUCGGAGGUCGUUUCCGACCACGCGGGGCAGCAGCAGCGCAGCAUAAGUAGUCCGUUAAGCGGUGCCUCAGCGGGAGGUUCGUCACGCGUGGCGAGUCCCCUGCUAAACAGCAACGGCAGCCUUUCUUCCAUGAGCCUCAACACGUCGCUCGCCGCCGCCACCACCUCGCACGCCCUGCAUGAGAAGUACUACCUGAAGGAGUUCUUGCGGAUGCACAUGCAGGGGCGCACGACGCUGGAGCUGGACUUCACGUGGCUGCAGCGCAUCGCGCCGACCCUGUACGCGCAGACCCUCCAUCACCCGACGGAGUGUCUGCAGAUGAUGUCCGCCGUCGCGGAGGAGGUGUACGGCGAUGUGCUGCGGCACCGUCACGGCAUCGAGGUGCCGGAGGACUCCUUGAUCACCGUGGCCGCCAAGAAGCUGCCGACGAUGUGCACGCUGAAGGAGCUGAGUCCGCAGCACAUUGAGCAGCUGCUCGCCAUAAAGGGCAUGGUGAUCCGCGUCUCGAAGGUGAUUCCUGAGAUACGUGUGGCGUGCUUUCAGUGCUGGAACUGCCAGUACCAGGAGCGUAGUGUCAGCGGAGAUAAGGGCCGCAUUUUCGAGCCGACGCGGUGCUCCCACUGCGGCAAGACCUACUCCUUCAAGCUGCAGCACAACCUGUCCCUCUACGAGGAUAAGCAGCUCGUGAAGGUGCAGGAGUCUCCGGAGCACGUGUCGGACGGAGAGACGCCCAUCUCGAUCGGCGUGGUCGUGUACGGCAACAUGGUAGAUGCCGUGGUGCCGGGGGACCGCAUCGUGGUGACCGGCAUCUAUCGCUCUACCCCGAUCCGGCUGAACGCGAACACCCGCAUCAUCAAGAGCAUCUUCUCCACGCACAUAGACGCGGUGCACAUGGAACUGGUGCGGGCAACGCGCCUCUCCGACGGGGCGAGUAAAGGCGGUGGGGGCAGUCAGACGCGACUGCACCUGACCACGCCAACACUGGCGACGACGAAGGAGGCGGAGGCGGACGCAGCGUCGCGCGCCCCGCUGAUGGACACGGCGCGGCUCGACAUGUUUUACUCCCUCGCCCACCGGCCAGAUAUCUACGACAUCCUGCUUCACUCCUUCGCUCGCACCAUCUGGGGCCACGACGACGUGAAGCGUGGCAUCUUGGCGCAGCUCUUCGGUGGGACGGCGAAGACCUUCGUGUUCAGCGAGCGCGCUGGCGAGUCGACGUCCCCGACCGGCGCUAACGGUCAUGCCAGAGCCGCCACCACCACGACCAGCAGCAACAGCGCGGUGUUUCGCUCCGAGUUGAACGUGCUGCUGUGCGGCGACCCCGGUGUGGCGAAGUCGCAGCUGCUAACGCAGGUGCACGAGAUCGCGCCGCGCGGGGUUUACACCUCCGGCAAAGGCAGCAGCAGCGUCGGCCUCACCGCCUUCGUGGUGCAGGACAGCGACACCGGGGAGUUGGUGCUGGAGCCCGGUGCGCUGGUGCUGUCGGACCGCGGUCUGUGCUGCAUCGACGAGUUCGACAAGAUGAACGACUCCACCCGCUCCGUCCUGCACGAGGUGAUGGAGCAGCAGACGCUGUCGAUCGCAAAGGCGGGUAUCAUCGCCCAGCUCAACGCUCGCACGUCCAUACUAGCGGCCGCCAACCCGAAGGACUCGCAGUGGAACCCGCAGCUGAAUGUCGUGGAGAACGUGCAGGUGGAGCCGACGCUGCUGUCGCGCUUUGACCUUAUCUUUCUGCUGCUGGACCGCCACGACGCCGUGGAGGAUCGCCGGCUCGCCUCGCACGUGCUGUCGCUCUACAUGGACACCGCCGCCGGGGCACGCACCCGGCGCGCAGUGCUGAACGGGCGGCAGCGGCGACGGCGACGGCAGCAGAGGGGCGGUGGCGCCGAGGCGGAAAGCGGGAGCGGAGAGGACGACGACAACGACGCGGAGGAGGCGGCGUCGGUGUCCGCCCAGCCGCGCAGCACCGCCAGCGUGGGUGACCCGACGAGCGUCCCUUCCAACACUAACGGCGGCGAUGGCGCGCGGGUGGACGCGGUGACGGGGCUGCCGGUGGCGGUGCAGAUGGAGUUGGACGGGGAGGUUUUCUUGCAGGGCCCUGCGGAUGCCGCCUACAUGCCGUCUGCCAUCCUCUCCGAGUACAUCGCCCUGGCACGGGAGACCAUCUUCCCGAAGCUGACGGAGGCCUCCCAUAAGCAGCUGGCCCGCAGCUACGUGGAGCUGCGGCAGGCGCGUGGCAGCAGCCGCACGGUGUCCGCGACGCUGCGGCAGCUCGAGUCGAUGAUUCGCCUCUCCGAAGCACGGGCGAAGAUGCGCUACGCGGGUGAGGUGGGCGUCGAGGACGUCGUGGAAGCCAAGCGCAUUAUCAGCGCGGCGCUGAAGGAGGCUGCCACGGACCCCACCACCGGUCUCAUCAACCUCGACAUGUUCCACGCGGCGGACCCAACCAAGAACACGAUGGAGGGGAACAUGCGUCGCCUGGAGGACCUGCUGGAGCGCCGCUUCCUCGCGCAGGGUCGCCGCACGGUGUCGGUGGCAGAGCUGCGGUCAGCGUUCAACGAGCAGCAGAUCGGCGCGGCCCGACCGAUGGCGCCAGCGCAGUUCGUGGAGCUGCUCGCGCUCUUGUCGGGCGGAGACGUGGUGCAGUCGUUUACCGCCACGACGGUGACCUUGUCGGGCAGCGGUGCGGCCGCCGCCGCGGGGAUGACGCCGGCGAUGAUGUCCCCCUGA